GGUAUACAGUACGGCAUUCCUGAUUUCUGAAGAGAAGACUCCCUCCACAUUGAAAUUGGUGUAUAAUUUCUCAGAAAAGUCAGUGACUGGCUGUAGAUUCCACAACAGCAUUCAUCUGAGAAGGUCCCGAACAGAAGCAUGUUCCACAGCUCAUUGGUUAAUCUUGUUCAAAGCCCCAGUUAAUCUCGUCCCAUGUGACUUGGAAACCUCCUCAACAGGUGUGAGUUCUGUGUCGUCCUGUGGCUGCAAUUGCAUGCCCAUCAUGUCCAUCUCCAAAGCUGCCACAGCGUCUAAGCCAAUGAUCCUUCAAUGCUGGGCGCCUAGACCAAGGAGGGAUUAGCCCCAGCUUCUCAGCCAUCUCCUCCCUCAGCUGUACCACCAUUCGGCCGACUUGAACCAUGAAGUCUCUCCUGGCGAUGCUGGUCCUCCUCACCAUUGUCGUGCACAACAAGGCGCUGAAGUGCCACACGUGCGUGGCGGGCAAUGAGGAUGAAUGCAACCAGCAGGGCACCUCCAGCUGCCCGCAGUGCGCAGACGCCUGUGUCACCAUCAUGGGGCCCAGUACCGUUGUGAAAUCCUGCUCCUACAAGCCUUUCUGUGACAAGGCUCAUCACAAUACUGGGGGAGUGAAGAUGGAGUGCUGCUUUACUGACGACUGCAAUGGACCUCAUCGUUCCCACAGCCACGGGGAGGAGAGUGCUGCCCCCAGCCUGGGCACCAGGCCUGUCCUGCUGCUGCUGCUCCUGCUGCUUCAGCUGAUAGUCAGCAAGCUGUAGCUCUCGCCGUAACGGCCGCUGCAUCCCCUAACCCACCGCUUACACCCUGCGGCUUAGAUAGAGCACUUUCAUGCCGCAUGGAGAAAAGCCCACAAACCACAGGUGACAGAGCUGCAGGGCUUUUGCUAUGUAUUAUAAGUUAGUCUUAACUGCACUGCACUGUGAGUCACUUUGCUGUAACCUUUGCAGACUAACCUCCUGCUCA